AGGCCGGCCGGCCGGCGGGGCGGGGGGAUCCGCGGUGGGCGCGCCGCGGCGCCAGUGCGUCACGCCGGCGGAGGGACGGUGGGCUGCGGACGAGCCGCACGUGCCGGGGUCGGCAGCGGCGGCGGGGAGCGGCCGCGCAGUCAUUCGCGCUCCGCCUUCGGGCCCCCGCGGCGCGGCUGAGAGAAUGGCAUUCCCUGUGGAUUUGCUGGAUGACUGCACACAUGAGGAAUUGGAACAUUCUGCUGAGGAUUACCUCUCCAACUUAAGGUGUGGGGACCCUGAGAAUCCACAAUGCUUUUCUCUUGUCAACAUUACGAUUCCCGUUAGCCUGUCAAAUGUGGGCUUUGUUCCUCUUUAUGGCGGCAACCAGACCCAGAAAAUCCUUGCUCUCUUUGCGCCUGAGGACUCACUUACAGCUGUGGCACUUUACCUUGCUGGUCAGUGGUGGGCCAUUGAUGAUAUUGUGAAAACAUCCGAACCUUCUAGAGAGGGGCUGAAGCAGGUGAGCACUCUUGGAGAAAGAGUGGUUCUGUAUGUUCUCAAUCGAAUUAUUUAUAGGAAGCAGGAAAUGGAAAGAAAUGAGAUCCCAUUCCUGUGUCAUAGCAGUACUGACUAUGCUAAGAUUCUGUGGAAGAAAGGAGAGGCCGUUGGGUUUUAUUCAGUUAAGCCUACAGGGAGCUUGUGCACCUCAUUUCUUACUCAGAAUUACCAACUGCCAGUUCUUGAUACAAUGUUUAUAAGGAAGAAAUACAGAGGAAAAGAUUUGGGGCUUCAUAUGCUGGAAGAUUUUGUUGAUUCCUUUACAGAAGAUGCACUUGGCUUACGGUACCCACUGUCUUCUCUCAUGUACACAGCUUCCAAGCAAUACUUUGAAAAGUAUCCAGGAGAUCAUGAACUUCUUUGGGAAGUUGAAGGUGUGGGUCAUUGGCAUCAGCGAAUACCAGUCACGAGAGCUUUACAGAGAGAGGCUAUUAAGGUUACAGACAUUUCUCAAUAUGAAGCCAGAAGACCCGUGUCUGGAGACUAUGGUCUUGUUGCUGUACCAGAAUGUCAGCCUGUAAUGGAAGACACUCAGUCUAGUGAGCUGCAGAUCCAUUCCCUAAAAGAUGCCUUUGCUAGCACUUCUGAAGGUCCAGAAAAGACUCCUGUUUCCACUCGUACUCGGAGCAGCCAUCUAAAGCGUCCAAAGAUUGGAAAGCGUUUUCAGGAUUCUGAAUUUAGUAGUUCUCAAGGUGAAGAUGAAAACACCGCCCAGACUUCUCCACUGGCUUCAGUGAACAAGGUAGAGAACGCCGCGCGGACAUCAGAGAGUGCAGAAGCAUGCCUUGAAGAAGAACCCGAGCGGAGAGUGGUUGAAUGUGAGGAUGAAAUCAGUGAUCAAGAUGCACAGCCUGCUCUGCAAACGCAGCCACGCCUGCAGAAACAAGAUGGGGACAAAAACUCUGCAUUGGAGCCUGUCAACGGUGAGGUAAUGGAUGCCACCCUGAAGCCCUCACUUACCACUGAAGAGGAGGACUCCAACAGUGAGGGCCUUGAAGAAGAGUUAAAAGUUCCACCUUUUAAUUCCAGCGGAGAGCCUGGGAAUCCUGUUCCACUGGCAGCAGAGUCUUUAAAAGCGCCUGAGGCCACGCUAGACAAGACCUUACCUGUUACUGACUCAGAAAUGUUGACUGAUCAAGGCCCAUCUGAUGAUAAAGGACAUACUGAAGAAAAUCCGUCCCCAGUUUCAAAAAAGAAAACACUUUUGGGAAGCUCAGACAAUGUUGCCACUGUAUCAAAUGAAGAAAAGUCCGAUGGUGAUAUUCCAAAUUCUGUGGUAGCAGAAUUUCCUGAAGAACCAGUCUCUCAGAAUUUAUCACCCAACACUACUUCCUCAGUGGAAGACCAGGGGGAGGAGGGAGUACCCGAGGGCCAGGAACCCUCGGCUACUCAGAGUUCUCUGAUAGAGGUAGAACUUGAAGACGUGCCACUUCCACAAAAUGCAGGACAGAAGAACCAGUCAGAGGAGCAAUCUGAAGCGUCUUCUGAGCAACUGGAACAGUUUACACAGUCAGCAGAGAAAGCCGUGGAUAGCAGCUCAGAGGAGAUUGAAGUGGAAGUUCCUGUAGUAGACAGGCGCAGUCUGAGAAGGAAGGCCAAAGGGCAUAAGGGACCUGGCAAGAAGAAAGCCAAGCUCACCUGAGUGGAGGAGAAAAGCUGUUGUUGUUGUUGUUGUUGUUGUUGUUGUUUUUAAACCACAGUAAUUAAUAAACAGCAUGGGGCACAGGACAAAUUCUAAAAUUCCAAUUUGAACUUAUUUACAGAUGCAGGUUUUCUCUUUCCUUUAGAACAAGGAUUUGCCAUUCUUUUCAUUUUUCAGGCUGUUUUCUGUAAGUAACUUUUAUUUAUGACCCAUGUGUCAAUUUUGGAAAUCCAGGUCAUAUUUUUCUUCAGCAGGUGGCGCAGCUAAUCAUUAAUAUUUUAAAAAUACAACUUAAAAAACUAUUCGACUUUGAUCAUAGGAAGCUUUUAUACUAAGGGUUUUAAUGGUAAAACGUGUUAAGGGUUCUCAAAGUUUUAUCUUAGUAUCAAAACCAAUCUCCAUCUUUUAAGUGUAGGCAUACCUAAACAAAAUGUGUCAGUUAAUUAAAUAUAACAUCAAGUAAGAGAAUAAAACAUAGAAAUUGAUGAUCAGUGGUUUAUGAAGAUGAUUGUUUUAGUUAUUUAAUGUUAGUUAUAAAUGGAGUUCAAGUCUGUGAGUAGUAGUUUAGACCGCAUAUCUGUUGUUAAUAGUACUGUUAAAGAUUUUACUGUGGUAUGUGGGUACAUAACUUAAAAUUUAAUUUAAAUUUAAUACUUCUACCUGAAUUAUUAGUUUGUUAUCAUUUUUUCUCUAUAUAUUUGCAGAUGCUGGAAAGCUUGAAUACACUUUUUAUCUUUUAAACACCUCAAGUAAUUGAAUUUAGCAUAUAGUUUAAUUUGGACUGUGAUCCUGAUCACAGAUAGUGCAGAAGUAUAGGCCCCUUUCCACGCCUUCUACUGCUGUCUAAGUCACUGUGAUUCUUCUAUCAAAAGACCUCCACCCAGCUUGCCAGUUACACCCUUGUUUCCAUUUUUGAAUAGGUCUAGAGUGAUAUCCAACCACCUUUAGACCUAGAUGGAGAGAGUCGAGCUGUCCUGUACUUGGGAUGGCGCGGGCUGCCCUGUAUUCGUUAUUGCUAUGGCAAGAGUAUUUGACUUUUUAAGACCGGGUUUCUCUGCAUAGCGUUGACUAUCCUGCAUUUGCUCUGUAAACCAGGCAGACGUCCAGCUCAGAUCUGCUGGCCUCAGCCUACUGAGUGUUGGCAUUAAAGGCAUGCAGCACUACCACCUGGCUAUUUGAUAUUUUGUAAAAAAAAUUUUUUUAAAAAUUAAUGGCAAUUGAUUUUAAAAUGAACGAAACAGUUAUUUUUAGAAUUCAUAGAGAAUUGGUCAGGAGUGCUUGACUGUAUUUCCGUUAGACUAUUUUGAGACCAAUUUUUGAAACAGCUUGAACCUUGUGAGAGAAAUGUUGGGAAUAUGAAUCAUGAUUUGAAGUGCUGCAAGUUUGUGUUGAGCCCAUUCAGUCUUCAGUCAGUUGAUUUGGUGAGUUCAUGUCUUAUAUUUUGGGAUGUUGGUAUUUUAGAAAAGUCUAAUUAGUUACGCAGCAGACUAAAUAGCAAACCCUUGAACAAAAUCAGAACACCUGCACAUACCUGUAGUUUUAAUUUUGGUUAGAUGUUAGAUAAUUUCAUUCUGAGUGAAAAUUAUACUUUGACCAUUUUUUCCAGUAAAUGCUGUUAUAAAAUAGAUAUGAUUAACUAGUGAAUUUGCCAAAUGUUGAUGCUGUUUUACACAAUUAGAGAAAUUUGUUAAUAUCUCAACUAGGGGAAGUAACUGUUAAGAUUCAGAAAUGUAAAUCUUAGUUUUCAUUGUUAACAUUUAAACAUUUCUGGUAUGUUGUCUUGAAAUUUUUUUUUUUUUGGCUAUUAUUCCCCUAAUAUUACAUUCUUUAAAUGAGUGUUUUUAAGAGAUUGCACUCACUGGCAGCUCAAUGUAUGAAUAGUCUCUAGAGUUAAAAAUAUUAACAUAUCACACUGGGUACUAGCAGUAUAAACUUAUACUUCCUAAUCUUGUUUGAUAUAAAUGGGAUUCAAAGCAGUUUUAAAACAUUGUUCUGCAUACAAGAUAACUUGUUACUUGUUGUCUGUGACAUAAGUUAAAGUUUGUAUAGAUCAUAGAGGAAAAGUUAGAUCACAGGAAAAAUCUUUCAUAUUCAGUAACAUGUUUAUAUAAAAUUUGUAACAAAAUUUAUGUUAAGUAGGGAAUCUAAACAAAUGUAGCUUUUGCAAGGCAUGAGGACUGCAGUGAUUCCAAGAAGCUGUUUGUUGAGUGCUCAAGUCCUGUUCUGUAGUCUCUUGUAAACUGGUACUUUGUUUCAGAGUCUUGAUUGUGGAAAAGGAAGCUACCUUCUGGUGUAUAUACAUAUAUAUUUCCUUAUGUAACAUAGCAGAUGAGUAUUACCAGAAGUUUAGUUCUACUUUCAAACUUAAACUAUUAGACCACACAAAAACUUAUUUAAGAAUUUUAUUGUAAAGGUCCUUUAAAACUUUUGAAGAGAUUCUAUUAUGAUUUUUUUUAAAUAAAAUCAAAUGGCAUGACUUAGAAUGUCAGUCUUCUCCGUGGUCACGUUCUUCCACUCGUGUGUCUACUUUUUCCAUCGAUUUGCAGAGACUAAGGAGGACUUCUGUCACUAAUGGUCUGCUUUGAACAGGUGACCAGUGUUCCCUAGUGGUGUGUGACUUUAGAGGUCGUCUUUCCUUUGGAAUUAGCUAAGCUGUGCUCACACCAGCAAUCUGGAACAAACUUUGAGUAAAUAACUAACCUGUACUAAUACUCCUCCUGUGUGUUUUAGAGAGCAGCUGCUUUUGCCUUUUAUGGCCAUCAGCAAGCUGGUGUUUAGGGUGUGGUCUGUUAUGGAAAUCAUGUUUGUUUUAAUACUUCCUGCCAUGCCUUUUUAGUAUAAGACAGUUGGCUGGUUUUAAUCCUAAAAAAAAUAAGCAAACAUACUUCAGCAAUAUCCACUGAUUACCUGAAGUCAGGUUUCCUUUCUCUGUAACUUAGGCAAAUAAAUACACAUUGCCUAUUUUUAAUUGAUAGAAAAUGUUAAAAUCUAGUUAUAAGAAAGUGAAAUGAUUCUGUCUUCGCUGGUCAGUCAUUUCCAAGAAUCUACCCUUCCUUUUCCUUUAUUAUCUUUGUAUGUUCUAAAGCUUUAAAAAGAAUUCUAUUACUCAGAGUACCAAGUUUUAUGGGGAACUUACGGUUUCUUUCUUUCCUAGGUUAUUUUUCCCUUUAAUGUUUAAAAUAGUAAUUAAACCUAUAUUUUGUGAUUGUUUUUUAGUCUUGUGUUUUAAACUUUCUGAGUUUCAUUCAUGAAGAUGUGCAGAUAUUGUUAGACAUUGAAUGAUUCUGUUAAAGGCAAUCACAUUGCCUGUAUCAUGAAAGUUGAUUUAAAAAAAUAAACAAUUUAAAGCAAUAUAGUGACUAUAAAUUAAAAUAAUAUACAGACACUCUGAAGAAUGUGGACUGUCAUGGCCUUUCCAUGUAAUCGGCUGCCACAUCUCAAGUCGCUGGUACGUGGUGGAGUUACCUAACCCAGUGUUUAACACUGUGGCUGCAGUAUAAGUGCACUCCCUAGUUUUAGAAUAGAGAAAAAGGGUGGAUGUAACUUUAGUCUACUCAAAGUACUACAUGAGGUCUUAUGAG